AUGAUAGGGGGUCUUCUAGAGCUCUUCAAGCCUAAGCCUGGCAGUUCUGACUGGAGGGAGGACACGCUUAAGGGGCUAAGAAAGAAGCCUGGCACAGUGUGGCCUAAGAACUCGUCACUAGAUUGCCGGAAGUGCGAUUUGUGCGUGCUAGGCUUGGGCAAGUUGCCGAUUGGCGGCAAGAUUCCUUCGGACGAACAUUUUGGGAAGGGAACCCCCAUGGUCUAUCUGAUUAAUCCUGGAAAGUAUGGCCAUUGCGAAACCGUCAAGCGACCUGACAUUCAUCCUAACCCAGAGUAUCGGAAAGAACUGAUCCGAAUCAACUGUCCGCCGGGGACAGUAGUUGAAGAAGUGGAAGAGGCCCCGGAAACACUAGCAGAGCCGCCGCGGCAGUGCUUCGACACGACUGGACCUAUACCAUGUGGAGGCGGGCAGACGGAGGAACAGCUGGAUAUAGGACGUGCCGUCUGCGGAAGCUGCGGAAGCUUCUGGGACCCGGAGGGCGGAAAAUGCAGAGAUAUCAAGGGGGCGCUUGUAUGGCCAUCUCUUACAGCUAUAACAGAGAGGGACCCGACGCCAUCAGGGCAGUGCAACGACUUGACUGGCUCUUUCCCCUGUGGAGGUGGGCAGACGGAAGCAGAGCUUGACAUGGGCUGGGCUGUCUGUAGAGUUUGUAGUGGCUUUGCCUGGGACUCUGAGGGCGGCAAAUGCCGGCAAAAAGACGGCAAGCUCCUCUGGCCACACCAGUCGUGA